AUUCCUGCUCCUCUACCGUCUUCUUUCUCACCCCGUUAGAUGCGAGAAAUUGAUGUCCGUUUUCUCGGUGCCCUCAUGGGUUGGAUUUUCUGUGCUAUUUCGGGAUCUCUCCUCCUGCUGCUUGGGUGAAUUUGUUUCCCUUCUCCUUGUGGUUGGUUUGUUUCCUAGCUUGGGUCGACUGUAAUAUGAUCCUUGCCGUUUCCUGCUCCCUUGAUUUUGAACAGAAAUAGAUACUAGGAUAAUCCCCUUCCCCCCACCGUUUCUUGAAUUGGAUUUCAGAGGUUUUCUGCACUCGAUUCGGAUAUAACUCUUCCUGUCGAGUCUCGUUGAAAAAUUAGUCUUAAUUAUUCCGCUGCCAUUUGAGCGGAUUUUGGUUGAGUUCAAGUCAGGGAGACGGAUUUUGCUUUCUUUGCCAAUCGUCCGUCAAUCUCGAGUUGCUCGUGAGAAAUUCUAUGUCAAAGGCUGGAUCUCAAGUUCUCAACAGUUCCCAGAACCUCCCUCCUUUCUUAGUUGUAUAUAGUUUUGGGGGGUCCAAGCAUGAAAGAUUCGUCAAGUACAUCUGUUCUUGUUCCACAGUACUUUGUCCUCCCAUGCCCCAACAGAUUGAAUCAAACAGAGCCUGCAGUGUCAGCAAAACCAGCAAGGGCGACCUUGGUUAGCACCAAGAAGGCGAGAAUUAGGCGCAGAGGCAAGCAGCCCAAGCGAAUCAUCUUCUUGUAUCCAUGGAGGGUGACACGCUGUCGGCGUCGGCGCACGGCGUGGACACCAAGGUGCUGCACGCGUUCCAGACGAGCUUCGUGCAGGUGCAAGGGCUGCUGGACCAGAACCGGGUGCUCAUCAACGAGAUCAACCAGAACCAUGAGUCCAAGGUGCCCGGCGAUCUCUCCCGUAACGUCGGUCUCAUUAGGGAGCUCAAUAACAACAUCCGUCGCGUCGUCGACCUCUACGCCGACCUCUCCUCGCUCUUCGCCGCCUCCUCAGGCGGUGGCGGUGGCCGUGCCACGUCCGAAGGGGGAUCCGUCGGCACCAUCCGGCAGGCUGGGCACAAGAGGAUCAGGUCCGGCAUGGACUAACCAGCUGUCGUGCUCUUCUUGUAUCUAGUAGUAUUAUCUACAUUAAUUGCUCAUCCAUCGUGCUAUAUAGGGGUAUAUGAGCUAGAACAAUGCCUCCAUGAUAUUUUUCUUCCUGUAGCUUGUUGCUGCUAUGAGGUAGUAAUCAGUUGUGGAUUUGAUGCAACAAUCCAAGGAUGAAUCUAACAGAGAGUGAGCACUUCUCUGAAUUUAACACCCAGUAUGCAAUCAUCGAUGCUGCUGUCUCA